ACGAAAGUAAAGGAUGUGCACCGUUUGUCUUGCUCCUCCCGCUUCGGUCCGGGAAAUUUCAUUGUCGAUGAUAUAGAGGUAGCACGACUAGAAACAUUGCGGAGCGUGCUUGGAAAGGACCAGUGUCGGUUGUUGGUUUCAGUUGAUCGGCAGCGCGUGAAAGAACGGCACGCGCGAGACCUGUCUUUAAUUUCUUUUCCUGCCUGCCUUGUGCCGUUCACACACACGUCAGCCGGUUGAAUGUUAACGUGUUUCCCAGUGUCCGGUUCUAAUUUCCUCGAAAAAUACGAACGAAAUCUAUCGAUUGUGGACGAUCGCCAGAAAGAAGAAAAGCAAUCGUGGAGUUGCUGGAAAACCGAUCAUGCGCGGUUUUAUUUACCAUCUCCAGUGAGUAAAGUGAUCUGGCGUGGUCGUGUACUGGAUCGAGUGCUCUCUGUUGGAUAAAGUGCUGCGUAACGAUCCGGUGUUGGCAUUUGUACUUUGGAAGGUGUGGUCACGUCUAGCACAUGUGCUACAGUGGAAUCCGUUGUAUCUAUAUCAAGAGUUAACUCUAAUUAGAUGAAAACAGGUGACACUGUCGGACUUGCAUUACCAUUGGCCAUUGUGUGAUGUUAGAACCCGUUCUUCCGUUCGAUAUAAAGUGACCGUGAGAACCAGUUCAACUUGUUCGGAAACUCGCUUACAUGGUCUAUGCCACCUGUGUCAUUAGAAGCUCCUUAGGUGGUGUUUUUUUUUUCCGUUUGACCGGACCAAGACUUUCUCACAGCACCUUUGAAUAAUAAUGGAACGACGGAAUAGCAAGUCGGCCGAUCGUUCGGUUAAAUUACGUCAAGCAAUUGAACAAGAAGAUUUUGAAACGUUCAAAACCCUCUUAUCGUCUGCUUCACCGGAUGAGAUUAACAAGCUACAUGAAUUCCCGCACGAUGUUACUUGUCUUCAGCUGGCUAUCCAAAGGGGGUUGCUGGCAUUCGAAGAACUUCUGCUGGAUGCUGGUGCGGAGGUGAAUGAUUUCAAUCAAUUACGGAAAGUGUCCUCUAUCCACUUGGCGAUGAGAAACAACCGGCCUGAAAGUUUGGAGCUUCUUUUAAGAUUCGGAGCUAAUGUCAAUCAGCGUGAUGGAGAAGGCAGGACACCAUUGCACAUUCUCAUAGGUCAAUGGAAUAAAGCCGGAUUUGAAGAAUUCCGUUGGUUGUAUUACGAUCUGCUGUUGUCUCAUCCUGCAAUCGACAUAAACGUCCAAGAUAAUGGUGAAGCUACUCCCCUGGAAUUGGCUGUUCACAAAAACUUGCAUCCUGUGGUUAAGAAAUUAUUUCAGGCCGGUGCUGUUAUAAACCAACACGUCCGCCGAGCAAUGGAGGAGAAAAUGCCAGACGUGUUGUCAGAGUUCCCUGAAGAAGAAGGUGCAGCUGCAGCUAAUAAUAAUCCAAAUGAAAUAAACAGCGAUUAUUUGGAGUCGGAACUUUGGAAAGCUUUGAGAAAUGAUAACCAGGAGCGUUUUCAAUCUCUUUUAGACACUGUUCAAGCAGGUGGUGUCGGCACCAGCGUGAAUUUGAGCACAUCAACAUCAGAGCACAAUCCCACCCUCCUUCAAUACGCAUGUAAAUGGCAGAUACCUUGGGCAGUGUCUUCUCUUUUGGCAGCUAGAGUUGAUCCAAAUCAAACUAGCAACAAGAGCUCCAUUCCAGCAUUAAUGGAAGCAGUUCUCAAAGGUAACGCUGAGAUUGUAAGGAUGCUAGUGUAUCAUCCUCACAUUCUGCUGGAUGCUGUUGAUCAUGUGCAUACGGGUCAGACAGCCCUUCAUAAAAUAGCACAAAAACUGCACGAAACAAGCAGCGUCGACGAAAAAGCACGUUACGUUCAGUGUCUUCAUAUUCUGGUCUCGUCGUCCCCAUCGCGCGACCCGGGCGGUAUUCCAUCCAUCAACGUCAAUGCCCAGGAUGCUGUUGGCAACACGGCCCUACACUACGCAGCCCUAUCUGGCGUGGAGGAUGCGGUGCUGCAGUUAUUGAGCAGCGGAGCGAACUUGGGUAUUAAAAAUCAUCUUGGAGAGACAGCUGUCAAGAGGAUAAUGCCAUCGACGUUGGAAUUUUUCCUCGAUUCGUGCAUCCGAGCAAAAGAUGGAGAAGAUGUCUCAUCACAAAACUUUAGCAUCACAUUUGAUUAUUCUUUACUAGCACCUCCAAGGCCUAUGCCGCACCCUCCCCAACAGUUACAACCGUCAGAGACGGGCAUAACGUUUACGAACCAUAAUGAUGCGGUUGAAACAAUAAGCCUUCAUAAUACCCAAGAAGAGGAGAAAAUAUUUCCCGAAUGCGAAGCUCUGUGGCAUUUAAGUACUUCAACGAAGCACCAGUAUUUACUUAAGCAUCCGUUAAUCACCAGCUUCCUUAUGCUUAAAUGGCACAAUAUCCGCAUCUUUUACUACGUCAACGUCCUGCUUUACACACUGACUAUGCUUGUUCUAUCCACCUACAUUUUGCUACUCUAUUCGAGCUACGAACCUGAGGCCAAACGGAUACCAUUGGCAAUCUUGUGGUGUGUGCUGACCUUAUUCAUGACUAUUCUUCUGAUUCGGGAGUUGUUCCAGCUGGGCAUCGCCCCACUUCGUUACCUUUUCAGUCCUGAAAAUUACAUUGAAUUGGUGAUGAUUGGAUGCACUGUUACAGUAUUGGCACAUUGGGAAAAUCCAGAUCCCUGGCGUCAUGUUUCCGCCAUCGCAGUCUUGUUAGCAUGGACGGAAGGUUUACUUCUACUUGGCCGGCAUCCACAGCUCUCCAUUUUCAUUACCAUGUUUACGACUGUGUCGCUAACGUUCCUGCGAUUACUUCUCUGGUAUUCCGUCCUGUUGAUUGGCUUCGGUUUGAGCUUUUUCGUCGUCUUUGGUAGCGACGCUGUGGCUCCUGUGGAUGGCAAAGAAGUGAAAGAAACAGCUUUUGCAAGUAUUCCCGUUUCGCUGCUCAAAGUUGUUGCCAUGAUGUCGGGUGAACUGGAGUAUGGCGACCUGCCUUUCGAUGCCAGUCCUUUUGUCAGUAGGAUCAUCUUUUUGGCCUUUCUCUUUCUCAUCACGAUUGUUCUUUUGAAUUUACUUAACGGUAUGGCUGUGAGCGAUACCCAAUCCAUACAAAGCAAGGCCGAGACCAUUGGCUAUGUCUCAAGAGUUGAGUUAAUUUCUUACCUGGAAUCCAUGUUGUUGGGAGAUCCGUUUCACUUCCUAGUUGAUUGGCCGCCCUUCGCCUUUAUUCGUCGGCAUUGCCCGUCUUUUAGUCCGCUGUCCAGCCUCAUGCGUGGCAAAUCACUUCGUCGUUUCAUACGAGCUGAAAGCGCAGUGUUGUUCUAUCAGUGCCUGCCAAAUAAGACAUUCACUGUGUACCCACGUCGUAACAACUUCAACCAAGUCGCGCCAAUUGAUAAUCCUACUCAGCGAAUGAAAAAAUUCCGUUUGGAUGAGGAGAUAGUGCAAAGUGCUUGUCAACGGGUGCAAGACAACAGACAACAGCGGUCACAACAAGAGAACAACGCCCAGAUCCUAGCGGAAAUGGAGAGACUUCAUGCGGCACUACUUCUUAUGCAAAAUCAACAGUCGAAACUCUUCCAGCUGCUUCAAAGUAGCAAUCAACAGUCGUGAAAGAAAGGCACGCUCCUCGAUUGAUUGUACAGCUGCUUUGAACUUGCUUUUUGUGUUCUAAUUUGUGUUAGUCUUAGUUUUACGUUUUGCAGGUUACACACUCGCCUAAUGUCAAACUCUAUUACGCCUUUACUGUUUUAAUCAUCUUGUUCGUGGCUUUUGGUGGAUCGUGGCUUCUUAUAACGAUUGCUAAAGCUAGAUGACCCUUCAAAAAAAUGUAUUUGUUAUUGUUGGGAAAGUUUAAAAGAA